UCUCCUCGGCGUAUCCUUUUGACGAUUAUGGAGUGGCUGAAUUUAUUUAAGUAUCGCAAUUGUCGCUGCUUUUCAUUCCGGCCCGAUGAUUCAAUAAGACUCGAUUUAAGCAAAUAUCCACCCGAGAAGAUUCGAAACUUCAGCAUUGUUGCGCAUGUGGAUCAUGGAAAAAGUACAUUGGCGGAUCGCUUACUGGAACUAUCUGGUGUGGUUAAGCGAGGAGAACGAUGCAGUCAGAUCUUGGAUCGUCUUCCUGUGGAGAGGGAGAGGGGAAUUACUGUAAAGGCCCAAACUUCUGCACUUCCGUAUAAGGACUAUUUAUUAAACCUUAUUGAUACGCCCGGACACGUGGAUUUUUCGGCAGAAGUGUGUAGGUCGCUAUCUGUAUGUGAUGGUAUUCUGUUAGUGAUAGCUGCAAAUGAGGGAGUUCAGGCGCAGACGCUUGCUAACUUUUGGCUGGCUUUUGAGAGAAAUAUCCGAAUAAUUCCCGUCAUUAAUAAAAUCGAUUUGAGUGGUGCCAAUAUAUCAAAGGUGGAAAGUCAGCUGAAGAAUUUAUUUGGAUUUGAUGCCGAGGAAUGUCUAAAAAUUUCUGCAAAGUCUGGAUUGAAUGUCGAAAAUCUGUUCGAUUCUAUUGUACAACGGGUGCCAUUUCCUGCCGCAGAUGCAGGAGCUCCAUUUCGCGCUCAGAUUUUUGACUCGAUGUUUGACCACUUUCGUGGAGCUAUAGCACUUAUUCGGGUCAUGGAUGGAAGUGUUCAAAAAGGACAAAAGAUUAGGUCGUUCCACUACGGAAAAGAAUAUGAGGUUUUGGAGGUACCUAGUCCAAUGAUACCUGUCGAAUAUGACACCAUGUCUGUCACUGAGCGCCGGGCAGGUAGGCAUGAAAACAGUCAAGUUAUUUCACAGGAGGCCAGAGUUGGAGAGACUCUUUUUGAAGCGAGCAGAGUGGGAUCAAUAGUGCCUUUUGCGGAUUUCAAUCCUAGUAAGCCGACAGUUUACGCUGGUUUAUUUCCAGUAGAAACUUCUCAAUACGAUGAUCUGAAGCAGGCUUUAGAGCGCCUCAGCCUUAAUGAUCCUUCUGUUUCGAUAACGCCUGAUUUUAGCCCUGCGCUUGGAUUAGGUUGGAAGGUUGGAUUUCUAGGCGUACUACAUAUGGAGGUAUUUGGUGCGCGGUUGGAAAAAGAAUAUGGUGCGAAUAUCAUUCUUUCUCAUCCAUCUGUUGAGUACAAAGCAAUCAUUAAGAACAACGAGACAGUGCGGAAAAAAAGGUUCGGAGGCAAAGGUGAAAUCAGUAUUAUUGAUGCGAGCAAAUUUCCUUGUGAAAGUGAUAUCGAAAAAUUUCUCGAGCCCGUUGUCAAGGUAAUUCAAAUGGUCGUUCCCACGGAAUUCAUGGGUACUGUAAACGGUUUAUGUUCGGAACAUCGUGGUGAACGUGGUGAAAUAAGUUCAGUCGAUGAGGAUAGGCUACUAAUAAUCUGGCGGUUACCUCUGGCUGAAGUUAUAAUCGAUUUCUUUGACCGCUUGAAGCAACUUACAUCGGGGUAUGUAACAUUUGACUACGAAUUAGAUGGAUAUUUGGAAACAAGUCUUGUAAAAGUAACGAUUACAAUUAAUGGACGAGAAGUACCUGAAUUUUCUCAAAUUACCCCUGCGACCAUGGCCCGAGAACGUGCAAAACUAAUCGUGCAUAGACUGAAAAGAGAGAUUCCUCGUCAGCAGUAUGAGGUAACGAUAAAAGGUGAGCUGUUUUCAGGAUUUCUAGAAACUGCUGCUGUGACUUUAAGCAGAGUAGCCAGAUCUUUGCUGCCGAAUAACACUAAAUCCAUAGACUCUAAAUUUAAGCUUUUACUAUAA